AUGGAUUCAAAAUAUCUCGAUGAGCUCUUGAACGAGAAGGCCAAGCAGUCUGGAACAGUUGCUUGGUCAUCGGAUGAGUACUUCGCGAGCGAGCAUGGCCAGGCGAACAGUAGGGUCGGGCUCUUCGAGAUCAAGAGAGACGAUAAAUCUCCGCAGCCCGCUUCCUGGUGGCCCGAAAACAACAAUCUCCCCUCUUCAACUAAACGGCCCCUCGCUGGUUUGAAGAUCGUCGACCUGACCCGCAUCAUCGCAGCGCCCGUCGUCUCCCGUGACCUGGCGGAAAUGGGCGCGAGCGUCAUGCGCGUCACAUCGGCCAACAUCACGGACAUGUCUUCUCUGCACCCGGACCUCAACUGGGGCAAAUGGAACUGCCACCUGGACUUGACGAGAGACGAGGAUAAGGAGAAACUGAGGGCUCUCAUUCGGGAUGCUGACGUCGUUGUAGACGGGUACAGGCCUGGCUCCAUGGAUAAACAUGGCUUCAGUCGACAAGACAUCUUCGACUUGGUCAAGGACCGUCAACGUGGCAUUAUUCACCUGCGGGAGAACUGCUACGGAUGGCAUGGACCUUGGCAGAAGCGAGGUGGAUGGCAGCAAAUCAGUGACGCUUGCUGCGGUGUUUCGUUAGCUUAUGGAAAGGCUAUGGGACUCGACGAGGCGGUCACUCCCGUCUUCCCAAACUCCGACUACUGGUAUGUUCCUCGAUUUCUUAUGCGUCCAAAGUGA